CAUCAGUAUGUGUUGUGUGUAGCAGUGUUUUACUUGGUAGCGUAAUGUGUUAUAUUCUACAUACGACAUCCUAUCAAUCGCGAAAUUGUAAUUGAAAUGAAUUCAACAAAACUACUUUAUUGAUGUGAUGUAAUAGUGUUUAGAACAUUUCUGAUGCAGUCAAAUACAUUCUCACUCAAUUCUAAAACAGCUAAUAUGAGCACUAAUGGUUUCAGCACAGAAGAUGAUAGCAGGUCCAGUCAUGAUCAGAUCUGCUGUCUAAUUGAUAGUGGUGAAAAAUGUCAGAGGCAAGCUGGCAAUGCUAGCUACAGUAAGCGCAUCCAGAAUCAAGCUCGCAAGCUGAAACUUACCCGGGAUGAAGUGAGUCCACACAUUUAUAUUUGUGACUACCACAAGACACAAAUACAGAACAUAAGAACAAAAAGGAAGCGUAAGGACAGUGAAGACGACCAAGGGUUUCAUGAUGGUGUUGAAGAAAUAGUUGAGAUUGACUUCUACCAAAUGCCAGUAAAUACACUGAGAAAGUAUAAACGGCAUUACAAAAUAUCAACUCGACCAGGUUUAAGCAAGGCACAGUUAGCAGAUGCAGUUGCAAGUCAUUUCAAGACAAUACCAGUCAAGGAGAAAGACAUACUCCAGAUGUUCUUUUACACAACCAAGACCAAGAGAUAUGACAACAAAGAUUCUACUUGAAGUUUGACCCUGACAUUGACCCUGGUUAAUUAGUUCCUAUUGUUUUAAUCCAUAGUUAAUGCCUUCUAAAUUAAAAACUCUUCAGUCAUCAUCAACUUGUCAUUAACACUGGUAUUUUUCAAUAAUUUUGUUUUUUUUUAGUUCUCAACAAUAAUAUAUUUAAAAAGAAUUAAAUGAAUGUUUUGAUUUUUUAAUUAAAAGCAAAUAAAUUAGAGCUAAAGAUGUUCAUCUUUAGAUUAAAAGUAAAGUUUAGUUUCCUUGCUUUUUAUUUAAUAUCAUUUGAGAAUAAAUGUUAUAUCAGUAAAAGUGAUUUAGCUAUAAUAAACACUAAAAUUUGAAAAUACAUAUAACAGAAUUUAGCAACCAGUUCACUAAUUUUAGGAACAUUCAUAACUGCAAAAUAAGUAUUGUUGCAUUUUUCUAUUUUUAAAAGCAAUGUUUGUUUUUUGUAUAAGUGUUAUUUUAACACUGACUUUACACCAGGCAAAAUUUUUUUCCCUACUCAUUAUUAAAAAAUAACAAGUUGUAUUAACUAAAAUCAUGUAUAGCAUACAUUUCUGUACUAUUUUGAUUGUUAAACAAAAAUUAAACUGCCAUAGCAUGAGCUGAUAUAUUUUGAGAAGUCACAAAGUAUAAAAGGUUUAACCAUUUAUAAAUAUUUCAUGUUCUGAUGGGAUUAAUUUUUAUUUACAGAAAUUUAAGACAAAUUUUGAAAUUCUAUAAGCUUAGCACUACAACUGUUAAU